UCCCGUAAACAUGCCAGCCCCGGCGAGGAGAACACCCUGAACUGCUUCGUGAGCGGUUUCCACCCUCCCAAGAUCGACAUCUCGCUCCUGAAGAACGGGGAGCCCAUGAGCGGCGUGAAGUACGCCGACAUGUCCUUCAACGACAAGUGGUACUUCCAGCGCCUGGUCUACGCGCCCUUCACCCCGCAGAAGGGCGACGUCUACGUGUGCAGGGUGGCUCAUUCCGCCUUCCGAGAGCCGCAGUCUUUCCGCUGGGAUCCAGAUUUCUGA